ACACAUUUGCGUUACAGACUUACAGUUACACUUUGUAUCAUUUUCAAGCUACUAAUCAAUGCUUAUCUCCACUGCUUAACUCAAUUCCACUAUCUCUGUACUCCUCAAUUCUCUUCAUAAUGUCCCAAACGACGCCGUGGAGAGACGAUCCGACAAGCUUCGUCACCGACGGCGUCCGAAUCGGCGUUGCGGCCGCUCCGCCGGCGAUGCCAACAGUCCCUCCGGCGGUUCCGUACGGUGGAGGUGUUGACCGGAACUGGAAGUUCCACGCGGUGGAGUUCUGGAGAGGCUUCGCGGAGAUGAGUGUGGAGUUUGGGAAAGGUGUUAGAGAUGUGAUGAAACAGAGUGUGAUGAGAGAUGACUCGUUUCUCGUUAAGAAUUUCGGACCGCCUGUGAGGAAAGUUCGCAAGGAAUUGAAGUUUUUGAAUGAGUAUUUACCCGAAGAUCGCGAUCCUGUUCAUUCAUGGAGUGUGAUUUUCGUUGUUUUGUUCUUCGUUAUUGCAGCACUCUAUGUAAAUACUGAAUGUGACGCAACCAGUCCUUUGGUAAAGAAACUGUAUAUACAACCAGCUAAUGCUACUCGUAUACUGUUACCGGAUGGUCGACACUUGGCUUAUCAGGAGCAAGGUGUUCCAGCUGCCAGCUCUAGAUUUUCCAUAAUUGCCCCGCAUUCUUUUCUCUCAUCCCGGCUUGCAGGAAUACCUGGUAUUAAGAUAUCACUACUGCAAGAGUUUGGUGUGCGUCUAAUAACAUAUGAUCUUCCGGGGUUUGGCGAGAGUGAUCCUCAUCCUAACAGGGACCUCAAGUCAUCAGCAGAUGAUGUGUUAUACUUAUCAUAUGCUGUGGGCGUUACUGACAAGUUCUGGGUGUUGGGAUAUUCUGGUGGAAGCUUGCAUGCUUGGGCUACGCUUAGAUAUAUUCCUGAUAGAGUGGCAGGCGCAUUCAUGGUUUCCCCAAUGAUUAAUCCAUACGAGCCAAGCAUGUCCAAAGAAGAGAAAAAAAGAACCUGGAGCAGAUGGACUCUGCAAAAGAAAUUUAUGUACUUCCUUGCUCGAAGAUUUCCUAGAUUUCUCCCAUACUUCUAUCAUCAUGGCUUUCUUUCUGGAAGUGUUGGCCAAAUUAAUAAGUGGCUGUCAUUGUCACUUGGAAAGAGGGAUAGGGAUUUUAUAGAGGAUGAAAGGUUUGCAGAGUUCUGGUUGAGGGACGUGGCAGAAUCAGUUCGGCAGGGAAAUGUAAAACCAUUUGUGGAGGAAGCUGUCUUGCAGGUUUCAAGUUGGGGUUUCCGCCUCUCAGAGCUCAAAGUACAGAAGAAGCGAAAGGGAAGAGGCAUCAUCUUUUGGAUUACGUCGAAGUACAGUCGAGUUGAAGAAGAAUUGAUUGGCUUUCUUGGCCCGAUACAUAUAUGGCAGGGGAUGGAAGAUAGGGUAGUUCCUCCAUCAAUGACUGACUUUACUCAGCGUGUUCUGCCUGGGGUUAUGGUGCACAAACUCCUAAACCAUGGCCAUUUCACCUAUUUUUAUUUCUGCAAUGAAUGCCAUAGACAGAUAUUCACUACAUUGUUCGGAAACCCUCAAGGUCCUGUGGCUAAUAAUGAUCACACACUCAUAGAAAGAGAUAAUGAAGAUACUGAAGAUGUAACUCUUGGCGAUUCACCACAGGUGGAGACCGAUCUAUAGUUUAAUAUCAGAUUUGAUCAUAUACUAUAGGCUGCCAUCACAUAAAGAUAUUGUUAGCGUCAUUUUGCCUUUUCUUCCAUCUUUAAAUAGAUUUUACAGUCAUCAAAACAGUGCGAGCACAACUCAAUUCUUAACCAGCAGCUGCUGUUGGUUGAUAUCAAUUGCCUCCGUGGGGGUAUGCAUUGUGGAAGAGAACUAGAAACAAGGGAGCUGGAGUAAGAUGCAGAAUGGACUGCUUUAGUUGAUAUAGAAAAAUUGUGAUGACUAAUGACUACCUGAGCAUGUUAUAUAUCUAUGGAAUACAAAAACAAAAUGUUUAUAAUCCAUUAGCUCAAUGAUACCAGUGAAUCAGUGAAUAAGAACUGACCAAGGUGUUCAUGCUCUGUUUUCAAUACAAUACACGUGUUCAAUGUCUUACAUGUUUCAA